AUGGUAAUGGUAAUAAAGCAUAAUGGUAAUGGUAAUGAUAGUGGUAAAAGUAAUCGUAAUGGUAAUCGUAAGAGUAAUGGUAAUGAUAAUCGUAAUGUUAAUGGUUAUGGUAUUUACAAUCGUAAACAUAAUCGUAAUCAUUAUCGCCUCAGUGACGACAAGGAUAUUGAUUACGAUUACCACAAUCAUGGUCAUAAUCGUAAUCAUAAUCGAAAUCAUAAUCAUAAUCAUAGUCAUAAUCAUAAUUAUAAUCAUAAUCAUAGUCAUAAUAGUAAUCAGAAUCAUAAUCAUAAUAGUAAUCAGAAUCAUAAUCAUAAUCGUAAUCAGAAUCAUAAUCAUGGUCAUAAGCCUAAUUAUAAUCAUAAUCAUAGUCAUAAUCGUACUCAGAAUCAUAAUCAUAGUCAUAAUCGUACUCAGAAUCAUAAUCAUAAUCGCAUUCAUAGUCAUAAACAAAAUCAGAAUCAUACUCAUAGGCAUAAUCUUAAUCAUAAUCAUGCUCACCACACCGAAGUCAAAGUCAUAGUCAUAAUCAUAGUUCUAAUCGUAAUCGCAAUCAUAAUACAUAUUAAUCAUAAUCGUAGUCGUACUCAAAAAGCUUCCGAAUUGGGUUGGCCCUUAACACUGAUUAUCGUUUCGGUGAUUUCGGCGUUGCUGGGCGCAAUCAUCAUGGUGACGGUUGUACGCUGCCGAAGAAAAAAGCCGUCGAACAACCGUAAUGAAACGCACGUGCAAUGGUGGUCACGCAACAAGCGUUCGAAUGGCAGCAAUAACAACAAUCACUUGCGACGUAGCAAUAUUUAUACAGCACACCCAGCUGAUAGUAUACGUGGCCUGCAACAGCCAUCGCUUUCGGCGGCCUCAUCGCUUACCACAAUGACCGCAAUGGGCGCAUCAGCGGCACCCCUCCAUUCCGCUGCGGUCACACCGAAUGCAACACAGCCGCCACAGUUGCCACACCAACAACAACAGCAGCAGCAGCAGCAGCAACAACAACAACAGCAACAGUACUACCACCAUCCAUAUCAUCAACAUGCGCUUCAAAGCUCGCUACACCGCAGCCUAAGCGGACAACAUCAACGCGCGCCCGACUACGAAUACGAGCAUGAAUACCAUCAACCACAGGAAUUGCAAUUACAGCUGCAGCACCAACGCCAACACAGUUCGUCUAUGUCAUCGGUGUCCGAUUCGCCGACAUUGCCGGUGGCAAAUAGCAACAAGCCGAGGCCAAUGCAAUUGCAACAUCAGCCGCUGCAACACCACCAUCAACAACAGCAGCAGCAGCAGCAGCAGCAGCAGCAGCACGGUACACUCAGCAGUGUGGCCGAUGGUGUGACAGUGGGCUUUGGUGGCGGUAUGGUUGGUGGUGUGAGCCGUCGUGGUGCGUCUGAAUUGUGUGACGAUUCGUCAUGUCGGUGGCCCAACGCAACAAUUGUGGUGGCCAGCUGAGUAGAAGCGUACAAGUGCAAUAGGCCGGCGACGUUGAGUGGCGCAAUGACGUUGCUGCCAGUGAAUCCAUAUCGGGAUCAUUAUCAGAAAUACCAGCAACAGCAGCAGCAGCAGCAGCAGCUUCAGCAGCAGCGUGUUGUCGUCGAGCCAUCGGAAUUUGUAUGGACGAAAUCAUGCAGCUCCGAACAGCUGAAGAAUGACUGGAUAUGGCAUUGAGUGCAGCUAUAGGGGUAUGAGGAUGACGAUGCAAUGAGCGGUGAAAUUUUGUAAGCAUUAAGCAUAGACAAAGGAUCGUAUGGUCGCAACGAGUAAACUUUAAGUAAUACACAUACAUACAUACAUACAUAUGUAUGAAUGUGUAUGUAGUUGAACUUUUGGGGCAUUGCUAGGGAUAACAAAAUCAAGUGAGUUGUGCUAUCAAUGUGACAAUCGUGUAAAAAGGCCGGCUUGGGUUUAUGUAUACGUCGGUUCCGGAAAUGUGCCGCAAGGAGUGAAAAUAAUGAAAACAGUUUUGAUAAUUGAAUUUAACCAACAUUCGUUGCGGUUUAAAAAUCUAGUCCUAUUAAAAGCUUCCCUAAAUAUCUGAUCCUUUUUCUUCUUCAGUUGUACGGUUACUCAAAGAAAUAUACAUUUUGAGCUAUUUAGAUCUGGUCUGAAAGAUAUUGUGGCUAUUUGUACAUAUUCUACAUUUCUAUAUUCUACAAAAAAAAAACGAAAAAAGCUUUCGCAAAUCAUUGCCUCGCAUGACCACCAGAACGCUUUUACAUAACUCUUCUUUCCUUUGAAUUAGUUAUUCAAAAAAACUUGGUCUUUAGACCCAAAAUUAGUUUCAUUAUUGAGGCAUUUUAAAGUGCUCUUUUAGGCCUGCAUACCUGCAUGCAUACUGAAGUUUAAAAUUAAAUUUUAUGAAGUUAUUAAAUGAAUUUUUUUUUUUAAUUUCGCCGAUAAGUUUAAAACCCAAGGUUUACUUUUUAUGUUGCUUGAUAACAAUUAUUGGUCAACAUUUAUUUUUUUUCUUGCUUGAUAACAGUUAUUAUCCAACGUUUAUAUUUUAAGUUGUAAGAUAAAAACAUUAACGAAAACGGAGAUGGAAAAGAAGAUAAAAAUGAUGAAAAUAAAAGAAGAGUAAAUAAGUGUUAUCAGACAAGGUAAAAAUAUACGUGGAGUAAUAACUGUUAUCAAGCAAGGAAAAAAGUAAAGGUUGGGAAAUAACUCUAAUUGACGACAGAAAACAAAUUUAUCCUGCAUAACAGUUAUGAGGAACGGAAAAGGUUAACUCUUAUUCGCGAAAUAAAAAAUAUUUCUCAUCUAGUAGCUGUUAGGGAGCUGCGUUUUUCAGAUAAAACUUAUGACUGUUAUGUCGCUGCUAAAUACAGCUCCUUCGCAUUGAGACUACAAGAGUCAGGAGAGUACUUUUUUUUGAAAUAUUAUUCUCUCUGGGGUCGAUUGGGUCGAUUUUAAAUGGAAUAGUAACAACAACGAGGCUAGACUUCAAUAAGGAUAUGUCAAUGAGGUUCAGACUCACUACAGAGAGUAGUGCGCAGCAAGUGGUCUUUAGCAGAAAAAUGUAUGACGGAAUGCUGCUCAACAUCUACGGUCUAGUAGGUUAAACUGGAAAACUUUUAUGUCGCAAUUUUGACUCGUUUAUUUAUUCGGUUACUGCUCAACAGUUCCGCUGUCUUCUUUUUGGCUAAUACAUGGUUAGUGCUACAGUCGUCCGGCAACUAAAAGAACUUACCAUGAUCGAGCUCUGCGCAAAACACCGCCGCACCUAGACCCUUGUCCAUCUAUUAAACCAUCUCACGCCAGCCUUCGACCUCUAUAAUUGCUGCGAAAUUCAUCUAGAUCCAUAAUCAGAAGUCAAUUCUUUCAGAAAGAGUUGACGCUAUACCAUUGUAACUGUAGGAUCUGGAUGCGAACUUUGCCGUAGCAAUAAGCCUGGCGGCAGUUUUAACGCUAUAUUCCUGGCCGACAGUUCCGCUGACGGAAGAUGCAACGAGGUUAGUCUAAAUAAAAGAAGAAUAAGCUCUUCUGAUAACAUUUAUUUUUCUGAGAGCAACAGCUGAAUGCUCGUGCUAUAUACUGUAUAAACCCUGCUCCUAUAAUUGGAUCGUAAAUAAUAGAAUUCGUUCGUAAAGCUUUAGUAUGAAAUUUCGAAAAAAGGUAGACGAUUUUAGA